AUGGGUCGUGCAAAGCUCCCCAUGAACAACAUCAUGGGACGUGCAAAUCCAAGAAGUGACACCUUCAGAAAGAGAAGAAAAGGUCUCAAGAAGAAGGCCUCAGAGUUCUCGAUUCUCUGUGGCGUAGAUACGUGCUUCAUAUGCUUCGGGCCGAACGGAGAUCUCGAGACGUGGCCCGAAGACAGAUCCGCCUGCAUGGCUGUAAUCAAGAGGUUCCAGAGCCUCAGCAAAGAUGAUCAAGACAAGAAGAAACAGAACCUCUCGAGCUUCUUAACCCAAAGGAUCAUGAAGGUGCGAGAAGAUCUUCUGUGUAAGCGCAAAGAGAAUGCGGAAAUCCUCUACCCAUCAUGGGAUGAUCGUCUCGCCGACUUCUCUUCGGAUCGCAUCGAAGCUCUAACAAGGCAUCUCGACUGGAAGAUCUCUACAGUUAGAGAGAGAAUCGAACUCGAAAUGGCCUCUGUGAGCAUCAAGGAAGGGGGAGAGGCUAGGGCACAAAACACGGUUCCAUAUCCUAUGAGAACUUCUGAUUUCAGGCCCUUGUGUGUGAAAAAGCCCAUGGGCUUGGAAGAUAGUUACAUAGCAAUGGACCCCAUUAACCAAAUGGGCUUGGGCUUGAUGAGUGAGAAUUAUACAGGCAUGGGGGGUGUGGACAUGGGUGUUGGGGAUUAUAGUUUAGGUAUGGAGUACAUAGGUGCACAACCAUUGAGGUGGAUGCCCGAUGGUGGUAAAUUACUGGGUUUUGAUGAGAGAGUAAGGAGAUUUUCAGCUCCCAUGGAUAAUAAGUUGGGGGUUUUUUAUGACAGAGAAGAUGUUAAGUUUGUGGAUUUUGAAGAGAGAGAAAGGGGGGAUAGAGAGAGGAGUAUGAAGUUGCCUAUGGAUGCACCAUGCACAUAUGAACCACAGUUUGCCAUGCAAAACCCUAACCCCAAUUACACUAUUUACCAGGGGUCCUCUUCUACCUCUAAUUACACCAUUUCUUCAAGCUUGGGCCCUUUCAUGCAAGUGCCAAGUCAUCAUCCAAGGAUGCUGCCACAUGUGCCCAUGACUCAGCCUUUUCUGCCCCGUCAGCAGCAGUGGGUGGGCCUCGAGGAACAGCCAGGAAUGGCACACGUGUGUGAUGACUUCUAUGAGGUGUGA